AGUAGAAACAUAACUCCAUUUUCGGCACAAAUGCCAAAACGAUUGGUUGUGCCACAAAUAAAACUAAAAAAAAAAAUGUUAAUUCCAUUCGUUAUGAUACUCCAGAAACAGUGUAUUUCGGUGGGUUGAAGUCAAUUUCGAAACAAAUUCCUGCAUUUGAGUUUGUGCUGAAAAAGCGAAUUUUUUACCAAAAACAUUCUAAAAUUCAGCAUCAGUUCCCCCGUUAAAAGUCAUCAUCACAAUUCCAAAUGAGUAACAUUUACAUCCAGGAACCGUCCUCUUCCGGGAAGGUUCUUCUAAAAACAACCGUUGGCGAUAUUGAUAUCGAGCUGUGGGCCCGAGAAUGUCCGUUGGCUUGUCGAAACUUCGUGCAACUAUGCAUGGAAGGGUACUACAAUGGAACGUUGUUCCAUCGGGUGGUGAAAGGUUUCAUUGUACAGGGUGGAGAUCCGGCCGGAGAUGGCACCGGAGGCGAAUCAAUCUAUGGACAUCCGUUCCGGGAUGAGUUUCACUCCCGGCUGCGAUUCGUGCGGCGAGGCUUGGUCGCGAUGGCUAACUCAGGGAAGAAUGAUAAUGGAUCCCAGUUUUUCUUUACCCUCGGGGCCACUCCGGAAUUGCAGAAUUUGCAUACCAUUUUUGGGAAGGUUACCGGUGAUACGGUUUACAAUAUGCUAAAACUUGAAGAAGGGGAAGUGUACGAGAAUGAGAAACCCCACUUUCCGCACAAGAUUCUGAAGACGGAGGUUUUGAACAAUCCGUUUCCGGAUAUUGUUCCUAGGGUGCUGGAGAAGAAAAAAUCGGAAGGGAAAGAGAAGAAAAAAGAGAAGGGGGUAAAGAAUUUUGGCCUGUUGUCAUUCGGCGAUGAGGCAGAGGAAGAAGAGCACGAGACUAAUCGAUUUGUACAGAAAAACAUUGUUGGUAAAGGUAAAAGCUCUCACGAUGUGCUCGACGAUCCUGGGCUGAGCAAGCAGGCGAUUGAAGUUAAAGGAGAUACGAAGAAGGGGGGAAGCAAACAGGAUUCAGAUUCUGAGGCAAGUUCCGAUGACGAUGAACAGUCUCGUGCCCGGAACAAAGCCUUGGUGGAUGAGCAAAGAAUGAAAAUCCGGGAUAAACUCAAAAAAGGGAAACAGGAAACAAAAGCUCCUCCUCCAGCGCAAGCGUCAUCGUCCUCCGAUUCUGACUCAGAUUACGGACUGGGAAGUGAGCGCAAAAAGGCAAAGAAAGAACAGGCUGAGAAGAUUCGGGAAGAAAUCAAUAAGCUAAAGAAAGAUUACCAAUCCGACCGAAGGAAAGUUAACGACGAUCGUAAGGCAGAAUCUGAUGCUAAAAUUGCGAAAGAAAGUCGUAGCGAAGUGAUGAAAGAAUUUUUCUCGGUUCAAGAACAGUACUCUGAGAAGGCUAAACAGCUUCCGAAAAAGGGAAGCUCUCGGGAAAGUUUCACACUGCAACUACUGGCGAAGUUCAAGAACAAGCUUCAAAAUGUUCAGGAACAGGCCGGGGAUGACGAGGAUGAGGGAGACGAAGAAGAAGACAUUCGAGGGGACAAUUGGCUUUCACAUAAGCUGCAGUUCGAAAAGACGGAUCCAGUGCUAGCCAAAGAUGCUGUCACCAAGAACGACGAUUGGUACGACGUGUAUGAUCCCCGGAAUCCGUUGAAUAAACGGAAACGUGGAGAACAGUCGAACAAGGCCGGGAAGUCGAAAAAUUAAUACUCACGUAAGUUAAUUUUUAAGUUUCUUUACUCUGUGUAUAAUUUAUAUUAAAUUAACUAGGUGAUUACUAUUAUAA